CGCCACUUUAUACAGCUGUAAUGUAUGGAUCUGAAGAGUGUGCUACUAUGUUACUGAAGGCUGGAGCUGAUAUUAACCUUCAGAAUGCAGCAGGUGACACACUACUUCAUGUAACAGCAGCGUGGGGAUCUACAAACAGUGUUGAUGUGUUACUGAAAGCUGGAGCGAAUGUUAAUGUACAAAAUAACACAGGCGACACGGCAAUUCAUCAAGCAACAGGACGGGGAUCUACAGAGUGCGUUGAUGUGUUACUGAAGGCUGGAGCUCAUGUUGAUGUACAGAAUGAUACAGGUGACACGCCACUUCACAUUGCAGCAGAGUGGGGAUCUGCAGAGUGUGUUGAUGUGUUACUGAAGUCUGGAGCUGAUGUGAAUGUACGGAAUAAUACAGGUGACACACCACUUCAUACAGCAGCAGGACGGGGAUCUACAGAGGGCGUUGCUGUGUUACUGAAGGCUGGAGCUGAUGUUAAUGUACUCAACAGUUCAGGUCGCACACCACUUGAUAAAGCUGCAGGGUGGGGAUCUACAGAGUGUGUUGCUGUGUUACUGAAGGCUGGGGCUGAUGUUAAUGUACUGAAUACAACAGGUGACACACCACUUGAUAAAGCUGCAGUGCGGGGAUCUACAGAUGUUGGUAAAGAUUAG